UCAACCAAACAACACGAGUACAGGUAGAUCCUGGUGCAUUCGUCUUUUAUUACGAAUGUCUCAAUGUGAAAACUAAAACAAGAAAUCUUCCUGUAAGUUGCCACUUUCCCCGGCCCAAUCCACUGUAGCUAGAUUAGUUGUUGUACCUAUCCUUUGUGGUCUCUCUUUGUGCUUCAUAAAGAAGCUCUAUGGAAAGAUAUUCACUCCUGAAAGUCAUCGGUGAAGGGUCUUUCGGUCGGGCAUUGUUAGUCCGGUGUAAAAGCAGUCAGGAGAACUAUGUGAUCAAGGAAGUUCAGCUGCCAAAGAAUCAGUCCAAAUUGGAGAAUUCCAGGAGAGAAGCCGUCCUGCUGUCCAGAAUGAAACAUCCUCAUAUUGUGGCCUUCAGGGAGGCAUUCGAAGCUGAUGACCUCCUGUGUAUUGUUAUGGAGUACUGCAGUGGAGGAGACCUGCUCCAGAGGAUCCGGCAACAGAAAGCUAUGCAGUUCUGUGUUGAUGAUAUCUUGAAAUGGUUUGCUCAAAUGUGUGCCGCCGCACAGCAUAUCCAUGAUAAACGGGUUUUGCACAGAGAUUUGAAGUCCAAGAACAUUUUCCUGACAGAUGAUGGGACAAUCAAGCUCGGGGACUUUGGCUCAGCGUGUAUUCUGAACAGUUCAAAGACCCAUGCUCAUACAUAUGUUGGGACACCAUAUUAUGUGCCUCCUGAAAUCUGGGAUAACAAGCCAUACAACAAUAAGAGCGAUGUGUGGUCUCUGGGCUGCGUUCUCUACGAGCUCUGCACCCUGCGACACCCGUUCCAGGCUUCCAGCUGGAAGAGCCUGAUUCUUAAGGUGUGUCGGGGUGCGUACCCGCCCCUACCCAGUCACCUGCCCUACGAGCUGCAGUAUUUGGUCAAGCAGAUGUUUAAGACAAACCCAAAAGACAGGCCAUCCCUGCACACCAUCCUGACCUCUCACCGGGUUUCUAGACUCUUGCGUACACAUCUACCCUCCCAGGGAAUGGAGAUGGAGAAACAGGGGAGACGUACGGGUCGGUGGAACAGAGAAGAGGGAAAGAAGGUGGCUAACCUUCUGGGAGAGAAGACUUUAAUAAAAACAUCAACAUUUGAAGGCAUAAAGUUACCUGAAGUCCCCUCUGAAAGCAGAGAGCUGGGUCCUCGAAAGCAGUGGGCUGCUAAGCCACCAGACACUGUUCUGCAGAUGUUGGCCAAUGCCACCCUCGUCUCAUCUGACAGCAUGGCAUCAACCAGCCAGACCCUCACAGGUUCUACUUACGGAAAGAAGCCAGAGGACAGCAGGCAGAGGAGACGAUGGGACAGAGAUCCUCCUGAGAGACUUCUGAGUCUGUUGGAGAAGGCCCAGCUGAGCAGAGCCUUCAGCACCUUUUUAAUAAACAGAGGAGGUGACGACCCUUUGGUGGGCCCUCUCUCCCAGCUGCAAGGUGAUGAAACUGAUGGUCCUGAGCGAGAAGUGGACGUAGAUGAGGACCGGUUGCAGCCUCGCUCUGAUGACGAGGACACAGACUUUGAGGAUGAAUCUCCAUGUGACUGGAUAGAUGAAGUUGAGAAAAUGUUUUCAGAACACUAAAGCCUCUUUUCUACUGACCCCACACAUUCACAAGGCUGUCAUUAUUAAUGUUUACAUUCACUAAAAACAGUAAGUGUUUGCACAUGCCAAAAUCACUUAAUGUGUAUAAGACCAGGUAUCGGGAUCAGGAUCAGGUUACUUUAUUUGUACCCUUAGGUAAAUUUGUCAGGGAUCGCUCUUUUCUUUUUCUCUCAAUUUUGGACCAAUUAUUAUUGCAGGUAAUAUCCAAGUUUAGAAAAAAACUAUUUAAGCUCUGCACUGACUUUUGUGGACUUGAAAGCUGCAACAAAACACUACCAUUUUAAUUAAAUAUUGUCACAUAAAACCUUUUUCACUUAAAGAUUAAAAAAACAAACAAAAAGUU